UCGUCGAAGCGGCCUUAAUCGCUAUGGGUCGCUCAUUGCGUUCUCUGACCGCGUAUUCGCGUCCGUUCAAACUCACAAACGCGCGCCAAGCAACAACGGGAUGCCCCUUUUCUAAACGGCAAAGGUCUCAAAUAGCCCCAACGGCCGCCCUAAACGAGGAAAUUUUUGCCAAUGCCAAACCUUACUCUGAAGUUCCAGGCCCUAAGCCAAUUCCUCUUCUAGGGAAUACGUGGCGAAUGGUACCAAUCAUCGGGCAAUUCGACAUUUCGGAAUUCGCGAAAGUGACCAAGUUAUUCUUGGAGAGAUACGGUAGAAUUGUUCGGUUGGGUGGUUUGAUUGGGCGACCGGAUUUGCUGUUUGUGUACGAUGCAGAUGAGAUUGAAAGGAUGUACAGGAGGGAGGGCCCUACGCCCUUUAGACCUGCUAUGCCUUGUCUCGUGAAAUACAAGUCGGAGGUUCGAAAGGAUUUUUUUGGAGAGCUACCUGGUGUUGUUGGAGUGCACGGCGAGCAAUGGCGCAAAUUUCGGUCAAAGGUUCAACGACCGAUCUUGCAGCCGCAAACAGUGAAGAAGUACGUAACACCCAUCGAGCUGGUGACGGAAGACUUCAUCAAAUACAUGGAGAACGCGAGGGACGAAGUCGGUGAUCUGCCACACGAGUUCGACAACGAUAUCCAUCGGUGGUCACUUGAGUGUAUUGGUCGCGUGGCGCUUGACGUCCGGCUCGGCUGUCUCUCUCCCCAAACUAGCAGCAAUUCAGAGCCACAACGCAUCAUCGACGCAGCCAAGUUCGCGCUGCGUAACGUCGCCGUGCUCGAGCUGAAGGCGCCUUACUGGCGAUACUUCCCCACGCCGCUGUGGACCAAAUACGUCAACAAUAUGAACUUCUUUGUCGAAUUAUGCUCACGCUACAUCAACGAAGCACUGGAGCGUUUGAAGACCAAGAAAGUCACGUCAGAGAACGACCUCUCCUUGCUCGAGCGAGUUCUACAGAGUGAGGGCGACCCAAAGAUUGCGACUAUCAUGGCCCUAGACCUUAUACUUGUUGGCAUUGAUACGAUAUCAAUGGCAGUCUGUUCAAUUUUAUACCAAGCGGCGACAAGGUUGGAGCAACAGGACAAAAUGGCGGAGGAAAUCAAAAGAGUGCUACCCGACCCCAGUAAACCCUUGAGCUAUUCCGAUUUGGACAAACUUCAUUAUACCAAAGCUUUUGUUAGGGAAGUUUUCAGAAUGUACUCAACAGUCAUCGGCAAUGGCAGAACUCUUCAAGAAGACGACGUCAUCUGUGGAUACCACAUCCCAAAAGGAGUACAAGUUGUAUUCCCGACCAUCGUAACGGGGAAUAUGGAGCAGUUCGUCUCCAACCCUGAUGAGUUCAGGCCGGAGCGGUGGUUGGAGAGCACUGGCCGCCUGCACUCUUUCGCAUCUCUGCCCUACGGCUUUGGCGCAAGGAUCUGCUUGGGACGAAGAUUUGCUGAUCUGGAGAUACAAGUCCUUUUAGCUAAGUUGCUGCGCAGGUAUAGGCUGGAGUACCACCACGCGCCGCUGGAGUACGCCGUCACAUUCAUGUACGCGCCCGAUGGCCCGCUGCGCUUGCGCAUGCUUGAACGAUAAACUUGCGUCGUAUUCCUCAUUACUGAGGGUCACGACCCCCUUCGAUUAAUUCAUAAUCAUUGAAUUAAAUGUAUAUCACCUAAAACACGGCUAUUCUGCACAAAAAUCAUUUUGUACUACGAAGCUGUCAAACUUUACAUUCACUUCACACUGGCCGAUCUGAGUUCCGAGUUGAGUUGAGUUUGAGUGAAAAAAUUCUUGUUUGGAAUAGCCAAUCUAGUGUGUAGUUACUACAUAUCGUUGUCGAGAUUCGACUAGAAAUAAUAAUAAAAUACAAAUAUUAAAUAUUAAAAUAAAUCUACCUAUCUGUAAUUUGUCGAUAAGUAGCUGACAAACGUUGUUACUUACAGUUAAAAAAAUUUAUGGUCUUUUUGACAAAAAUAUAAUAUAGGUAACAACGCUUUUUAAGUAAGUUAUCGACAGAAUAAAUUGAUUAACGAUCGUGAGUACGAUAUACUCAACUCUACGAUUAUUUUAUCAGAUGUUAGUGACAAUAACCGGGACCACGGUUUAACUUGCUCAAAUGUUUAUUAUCGGCCAAAAUGAAUCUAUCAUUAACUUGUCGAUAAGUUACUUAGCAACGCUGUUAUUUGUCAAAAAGACCUUUGAAGAAUAACAACAU